AUGGUUUUGCCUAUUUCCUAUAAUGUUGAUCCUUCUGAAGUGCGAAGGCAAACUGGGUUAUUUGGUGAAGCUUUGGCUAAACACAAGGAACAAUCAUUUGGGGCUCAAAGAAUGGAGAAAUGGACAACUGCACUUACUGAAGCUGCAAAUUUACGUGGAUGGAAUUUACGAAAUGUUGUUGACGGGCAUGAGUCAAAGUUUAUUGAAUGUAUUGUGCAACAAGUGGCCAACCAGACACCUUUAGAUGUUGCUUGGUACCCAAUUGGAGUAGAUUCUCGUGUCAAAGAUAUAGAGUUGUUAUUGCAAUGUGCAAGUGAAGAUAAAGUUCGCAUGGUUGGUAUAUAUGAUGUUGGUGGAAAUGAAAAAACAACUCUGGCAAAAGCUAUCUACAAUCGAAUAUUUCGACACUUCAAUGGUAGUUGCUUCCUUUCAGACGUUAGAUCAGAAACUGAAGAAUUUGGUCUAGUCAAGCUACAACAGAAGCUUCUUCAACAAAUUCUCAAAACUAAGGCCUAUAGAGAUGGAUAUUCGAAAAUGCUCAAAUCGAAUAUUGCACUAUUUUUUCUUUCUGAAAGUGCAAUUGCAACUUUGGUCCGAAAAUGCUUGCUCCAAAGUACAAGGCCUAUAGAGAUGCAUGAUCUACUGCGAGAUAUGGGAAGAGAUCAGUUCAAUACCCCGGAAAACGGAGCAGAACCCUCAAGAAGUCCGAGAUGUUCUACGAGGACAUAA